GGGUUGUUGCUACUCUCGAAAAUCCAAGGACAAUCCCCUCUUUAUUAUCCUCUUUUUUUAUAUUUGGGAGCACUCACUUCUUCUCACUCGGUAAAAUUGAAUUAGGGUUUCAUUUUCUUCUUCUUCACCCCACUGUCACUGCGCAAAUCCAGUUCUCCCCUUACCCUCUCCCUCGGUCCUGAUCUUUUCCCGCCAUUUCCCGCGUUUCUUUUACCCAGAUUUUGAAUACUAGCCGUUGGAUCUGCCAUUUUUUUCAAUUUUUUUCGACCGUUGCUCUCGCCGGAGUGAACGGGAAAUGUCUGCGUCCGAAGCGGAGAAGAAGGUCGAGGAGGAAGAGAAGAAGGAAGAGGUCAAAGGGGGAGAACUCCUGUUCUGUGGUGCCACUUGUUGGGAUAUCAUUGGUCGUCGUAAAGGCCCCGUCGACGGUAACCUCGUCUCUCCCUCGCGCCUCCGUCCUCUCGUCGGCGUCGAUAUUCGCUACGUCGCCUCCGGCUGCGUGUCUUGUCAUUGCGUGGCGUUGGACGUUGAAGGGCGUUGUUAUACAUGGGGACGUAAUGAGAAAGGGCAACUGGGUCAUGGAGAUACGAUUCAGCGUGAUAGGCCAACUGUGGUGUCUGAACUUUCCAAAUACAAAAUUGUCAAAGCUGGAUCAGGGAGGAGCCAUACAGUUGUUGUUACGGAUGAUGGAAAUUCCCUAGCAUUUGGAUGGAACAAACAUGGACAACUAGGUUCUGGUUCUGUGAGAAAUGAAAUUGAGUCAUCACCUGUUCGCUGUCUUGUGUCUGAAGUAAAACAUACUGCUUGUGGUGGUGACUUCACUGUGUGGUUAUCUUCCAUUGAAGGAGCUUCUAUACUGACUGCUGGGCUUCCACAGUAUGGGCAGCUUGGGCAUGGAACAGAUAAUGAGUAUAAUUCCAAAGACAGCUCUGUGAGGUUGGUUUAUGAACCCCAGCCACGUCCUCGAGCAAUUGCUGCUCUUGCUGGGGAAGCAAUUGUCAAAGUGGCAUGUGGAACAAAUCAUACAGUGGCGGUGGAUAAGAAUGGCUUCGUCUACACGUGGGGUUUUGGUGGUUAUGGAAGGCUAGGACAUAGGGAGCAGAAGGAUGAGUGGGUCCCACGACGUGUUGAAGUUUUUCAAAAUAGAAAUGUUUUGCCACCCGAUGCAAUCAUAUCAGCAGGUUCUGUGAAUUCUUCAUGUACUGCAGGUGGAGGGCAGUUGUAUAUGUGGGGCAAAUUAAAGAACACUGGUGAUGACUGGAUGUAUCCAAAGCCUCUAAUGGAUUUAAGUGGUUGGAAUCUACUAUGCAUGGAUUCAGGCAAUAUGCACCAUUUUGUUGGGGCUGAUUCCUCUUGCAUAAGUUGGGGACAUGCUCAGAAUGGAGAGCUGGGAUAUGGACCUACUGGACAGAAGUCUUCAGCUGUACCCAAGAAGGUGGAUUUACUUGAGGGUAUGCAUGUAAUAAGUGUUGCUUGUGGUAUGGGUCAUUCCAUGGUUAUUGUUGAUAGAGCAAAUGUUGCUGAUCGACUUGACCAGCUUGAUAUAUAUGAUGGGAAAGCUUUUGGUGAAGGUAAUGAGGCCGUAAACACAACUCCAGUGCCUAAGCAGGCUGCUAAAAAGGGUGCAAAAGGAGCUGACAAUUCAAAGAAGAGGAAACAAUCAAAAGAUUCAUCUGACUCAGAUGAGGAUGCUGAAGAAAGUGAGGAGGAUAGUGAGGAUCAAAUUAAUGGUGAGGCUGAGGCGAAAAGGCCACGUGGUUCUGGUAAAGGCCGAGGUAAGGCACCCAAAAAGUCAGGUGCUAAGGGAAAAGGGUCGGUCUCUGGCCGUGGUCGGGGUGGGACUGCAGCUAAUAAAAACAGUUCUAAAUCCCCUCAGGUGAAAUCUGGUAAGAGAGGAAGACCCCGUAAGUCAUAACUUAGAUUUUUGUCGGAAAUUUUGUUCUCUAUACCUAGAGAAUGUAGCGUGUAAUUCAUUGGCAGGUGAUUAUACUUAGUGUUUUGUUGUUAUUAUAAUUCAAUCCCGCUAACUAUUUAAUUCAAAGUUUAGAAACAUGUUGAAUUUGCUAACUGUUUUUUAAGACGCAGUGGGAAGAAUUGCCCGCUUGUUAUAAUUUUUUUUUUUUUGUAAGGGGACGCUUUUAUUGCUUCAGUUUACCAUAAGCCUUUGGAUGUGCCCUCUCUAUCUUGUAUACCUUAAUUGUUCUGCUAACUUGGUGGGAUGCUUGUUGAUAAAGUUUGACUGUUUGAGGCGGA